AUGAGCACAACCAUCUUCGAUUUUGACAAAGAUCAUGGAAGCAAGAACUCCAAGACCUUCAAGCCUAAGAAGCACAUCCCAGAAGGCACCCAUCAAUAUGACUUGAUGAAACAUGCAGCAGCAACAUUAGGUUCAGGUGACCUACGUCUUGCAGUCAUGCUGCCUGAGGGGGAAGACCUCAAUGAAUGGGUUGCUGUCAACACUGUGGACUUCUUCAACCAGAUCAACAUGCUGUAUGGGACAAUAACUGAAUUUUGUACGAAGGAUACCUGUCCAUUGAUGUCUGCAGGGCCAAAAUAUGAAUAUCACUGGGCAGAUGGCCAGACAGUGAAAAAGCCGAUAAAGUGCUCAGCUCCUAAGUACAUAGACUACCUCAUGACUUGGGUCCAGGAUCAGCUGGAUGAUGAGACGCUAUUCCCAUCAAAAAUUGGUGUGCCAUUCCCAAAAAAUUUUCUCUCAAUUGCAAAGACAAUCUUGAAACGAUUGUUUAGAGUCUACGCCCACAUCUAUCAUCAGCACUUCCAGGAAGUUGUGCAAUUAGGAGAGGAAGCCCAUCUCAACACUUCAUUUAAGCACUUCAUAUUCUUUGUUCAGGAAUUCAACUUGAUUGACAAGAAGGAGUUGGCACCUCUUCAGGAGCUGAUUGAACGGCUCACAGGGAAGGAUCAGCGGUGA